AUGAAGCUCCAGCUCCCUAAUUCAGGCCUGGAGGGCAGGAUACUGUCCCAUCAGCAACUGGAAAAGCUGGAGGAGGAAGAGAGCACUGAAAGACCUAAAUGGGACAAUAAGGUUCAAUAUUUGCUAACCUGCAUAGGCUUUGCUGUUGGACUUGGUAAUGUGUGGAGAUUUCCAUAUUUGUGUCAAAUCUAUGGUGGAGGGGCAUUUCUGAUUCCUUAUCUCAUUGCAUUGGUGUUGGAGGGACUUCCUCUGCUGCACAUGGAACUAGCCAUUGGACAACGGCUCCGCAUGGGAAGUGUAGGAGUGUGGAACUCAAUCUCACCAUAUCUGGGAGGUUUAGGUGUGGCCUCCUUAGUGGUGUCCUUCCUAGUUGGCCUGUUCUACAACAUGAUCUUGGCUUGGGUCCUCUGGUACUUUUUUCACUCCUUUCAAAGUCCACUUCCCUGGAGGGACUGCCCGUUAAACCUGAACCAUACGGGCUAUGUGACUGAAUGCGAAAAGACCUCAUCAGUGAACUAUUUCUGGUAUCGUGAAACGCUGAACAUAACACCAGACAUCCAGACCAGUGGCUCCUUACAGUGGUGGCUCGUGCUGUGUCUCGCGUCUGCCUGGUGCCUCGUGUACAUCUGCUUCAUACGUGGAAUUGAGACUAUUGGAAAGGCUACUUAUGUGACAGCCACUUUUCCAUAUCUUGUCUUGACCAUCUUCUUGGUCAGAGCCUUGACUCUGUCUGGAGCAGCUGACGGAUUAAUAUAUCUCUUCACUCCAAAUUGGGAAACCCUGAAAAAUCCCCAGGUCUGGUUAGAUGCUGCCACCCAGAUCUUCUUCUCUCUGUCUCUGGCCUUUGGGGGACUUAUUGCUUUUUCUAGUUAUAAUCCCCAGAAGAACGAUUGUGAGAGAGACGCUGUAAUUGUUGGAUGUGUGAACAGUUUCACAUCGAUAUAUGCGUCAAUUCCAAUUUUUGCCAUUCUUGGAUUUAAAGCUAACGAAGACUACAAUGACUGUCGAAAUUGGAACAUAUUAACACUGACAAACGCAUUUAACAUUGGGGAUGAAAACAUAACUCUUGAAAACUAUGACGACUGGUUUCACUAUCUCAAUACAACGAAUCCCUCAGUGGUUGAAAGCCUCGAUCUAAAAACCUGUAAUCUACAAACAUUUCUGGACCAGAGCGCCUCUGGAACUGGACUUGCCUUCAUUGUGUUCACUGAGGCGGUGAUAAAAAUGCCAGGCUCUCAGGUGUGGGCGGUGCUGUUCUUCAUCAUGCUCUUCAGCCUGGGCCUGUCCUCCAUGUUUGGAAACCUAGAGGGGGUCCUGACUCCUCUGCUGGACCUGCACAUGGUUCCUCUAUGGAUUCCUAAGGAGAUUUUCACAGGGUUGAUGUGUCUUACCUCCUUUGCUGUAGCCCUCAUCUUUACUAUGGGCUCUGGAAAUUACUGGUUGGAGAUUUUCAAUAGCUACGUGGGCUCCGUCCCUCUGCUCAUCAUAGCAUUCUUUGAGAUCAUCAGUGUGGUGUACAUCUAUGGAAUAAAUAGGUUUAAUGACGACAUUGAAUGGAUGACAGGGCGGAGACCAAACCUCUACUGGCAGGUCACCUGGCGCUUCAUCAGCCCGUUCAUGCUUUUUGUGGUUUUUGUGGCCUAUGUUGUGAUUUCAGCUAAACAGCGACCAACAUAUAACGCCUGGAACCCAGAUUAUGUGCACUUCCCCCUUGCUGAAGUUCUGCACUAUCCUGAGUGGGUUUUUGCUAUCUGUGUGCUCUUAUGUACCCUCCCUGUCAUCUCCAUACCCCUCGUGGCCGGCUACAAAUUCUCAGGCUUCCUGAAGAAGUACAUCAUGAACAGACACAAUCAAAACCCUUAUGCAAAUGAGCUCACUAAUGAUGUGGAAUUGUAAAUGAAAAUGUUUAGCUGUGGUACAUGUGAGUACUGUGUAUAUUCAUUUGCAAAAAAAGCCAAAACGUUUUUACUGAUUAAUAUGUUUUGUGUAGUAUAGUAGUGUAAGCUUCUGGUCACAGUAGGUUUAAAUGACUUAAUGGCACUAAUAUUACUUGUAACAGCUUCAUUUUUAGUAUAUUGUCUAAAUAUAAAUAGUAGUACAUUUAGACAAGUGUAUUUAUAUUAAUGAAAGAAAGGAAACACUGCCAGCCAGAUCAAAUCAAUGCAGACCAAUAUGUCUGAGAAAAAUACCACAGGCUGCACCUCAGGUUUGUGUUAAUAUUUGAUUA